AUGCCUUUCCGACCCCAACAUUCGUUAGUCAUGAUUGACGUCGACAAAAUGCACACCAUCGACACCCGUUCCGUCGAGGACCUCUUUGGAAUGUGGUCAGUAUUCAACAAAAUUUCCGAUGCCAUGGAGGACGGCAAGCGGUUAGAAAAUCUCAGCUGGCGUCUAUGGAAUCGCGAGACAUUCGUAUGUUCCCGCAUGCCGCGCGCGCGGAAAAACAUUCCUCUGCCCGCCCUGUCGAGCAGCGUGUCGUCGUCGGACGAGUCGGACGAAGAAGACGUGUCGUCAUUGCUGCCUUCGCCCGUUGUAAGGCCCGAAUUGAGAAGGAGCGAGUCUUCGGAGCAUCGCAGUCGCGGCCGCCAACAAAACCACAUCACGCCCAUCGACCUCGAGAAGAUGGUCAUCUCCAUCAAGGAGAAGAAGAGUCUCGAGCCGCUAUCAGCAUUAUCUAUGCCUUCGCCGUCUAUGCCGAGUCCGCCGUCUUCCGACCACCGCCAAACCCCUAUCGCCACGAAAUCCGCUACACCUGCCUCGGCACUUGCACCCACACCUGCACCCGCACCUGUACCUGCAUCAGUCCUUGAACACCCUGUCGCCACUCCUAUUCCUACCAUCGCCGCGCCUGGCCACCUGGAAUCGUCUACUUCUACCGUCAGCAGCACCGACUCACAGGCAAUCGCAUCAUCUCAAAGUUCAUCUACCGAGAUGAGCACCCACAACAUCGUACGAGGCUUCAGACCCGAGGUGCCUUCAUCCUACCGCUCGCAGACAAACCUCGCCGCAACUCAACCGACGCCCAUCCUCAAGACAUCGCCUCAGUAUCGCCCGGACCGCCUCAAUCGACCCAAAAAGGGUGCGACCUUUACCCUCGGCGCCUCCUCCGGCGAAGAAGAGAGCUCUCUUGACAGCCACAUGGGACGCAGUGUUGGCUCGCUAUCGACUGGCCUGCCGCAGCCGCCGAAGAAGCACGCCUCGUUCAGGGAUAUCAUCCAAGACCGAGCCAUUACCGAUAGCCCUGUAUUCGAAGAGUCUGACGACGAGGACGAUGACGAUGCCUUCGAGAGUGUGAUCGAGGAGGACGAAGAUUCGUCCGACUGGGAGGAUGAUGACAUCGGCGAGAGUGGAAACUCCUCAGCCGACGAAAACAAGAGCAUGUUCCGUCGGGUCGACUCGCAGCCAAACCUGACCUCACGUCGCUCCAUGCUGACCACCAUGAUGCACGAACCGGAUCGCGCUCGCGCGAUGGCAAGCGCUGCAUCGCGCUCUACCCCUGCUCUUCGUCGUUCGCGCGGUGCUUCUCCCAGCGGACCCUCUGCUACCCCGUCACCCCAUCGUCGGGAAAUCGAACGUGCGGGUCCGGAUUACACCUUGCAUCCCUCCCAACUCUCUCAACAUGCCCAAGAGGCUUCCGAAUCUUCGCAACCACGCCCCAUAAUCAUGACCACCUCCAACACACACCAACCUGCUCUCUCGCCACGAACCACCAGACGAAACAUGCUAUCAACCGAACUAACAGAGUCGCUGCGUAAGAACCUUCUCUGGGAGCGCCAGCACAAGAGCUCCAACAAUCUAGCUGCCAUGAAGCGCAGACACACCUCUCACGACAUUAAGAAUCUCAAACAGCACCCUGAGCCACAAACGGUCAUGUCGGUCAAGGACAACGACAAGAAGAAGUUCUCUAACGAAUACUUCAACCAGGGGCUCCAGGAAUAUCAUGCCAAAGGCUGGUAA